AUGGAAUCCAACAUCCCGAAAGGUGGUGCGAAGGACAUCAUAUUGGGAGAAUCAUACAGGGUCGGAGUGAGGACACCACCUUUUAACCCUAGUGACCCAGAGUUGUGGUUCGCCCUUUUAGAGGGUCAAUUCGUGCUAUCAAGUAUAACCGCUGAUGCGACGAAAUUUUAUUACGUCUUGGCCCAACUGGAACCACAGCACUCAGCAGAGAUCCGAGAUUUAGUAGUCAAUCCGCCAAAUACAAACAAAUACGAAACUCUAAAAACAGAAUUGGUGCGCCGGUUGUCAGCAUCGCAAGAAAAGCGAAUCAAACAGCUGCUGAUGCACGAAGAAAUAGGUGACAGAAAGCCAACUGCAUUUCUCCGACAUUUACAACACCUUGCAGGUGAGAAUGUCCCUAAGGAGUUUAUACGCACAAUAUGGGCGAGUAGACUUCCCACCCACCUGCAAACGUGCAUAGCUGCUCAACAGACGAAGAUGUCACUAGAGGAUCUGGCCGAACUGGCGGAUCGGGUUAACGACGUGGUUCCCACAACCAUGCUACUUACCAGCCCAACUCCCAGUCAAGUAGCUA